GUCACACUGUAUCACAUAAUCGCCACAGAGUGUGGAUCACACUGUUCAUUAAAGUACCUGAUAUGAACCUAGUAAAAGAUCACGUUUUGACGACCAGGCACAAGAUCAUCAUACAUAUCAAGGUUUUCAUCAAAACCUUUUUUACUGUGUCAUAUUUCAUAAUUCUACAAAUUUAUCACUUUUCACAAAAUAAAAUCACAUGAUUCGAUAGAAAAUAUUUUCAGUUGUGAUUUAAAUUAUUUGUUGAACACUCAAUAGAUGAUAUGAUUAUGAACACAAAUAAAACAAAAUUACACGUUAAUUGAAACCUUUGUGAUCACUGAAUAAACGCGACUAUGAAUGUAAACAACUAUGAAUCAAAGUAUGAAAAAUGAGAUGGAUAUAUAUUCAACCAAUAAAUGAGAUUUUAUCUAAGUCCAUUCUAUAACAUCUGGUGUACGAUGGCUGAUUCUUUGCGGGUAAGAAAUUUUAUUCUUUUCAUGUGUCUUUCGCUCCCCUGCAAUCUUCCUAUUUCGAAUUUCAUUAUUUGAUAAUUUAUGAGGUUUAAUGCUUGAUCUGAAUAUCGAACAGUCAUCGUAAUAUCAGGGAGUUAUCACUGCGACAGAGAAUCUGGUUCUUCACGUCAUUUUAAUUUUUCAUAUUUAUUUAAUCGAAACCCCACUCAUUGAAUAUCUGAACUGUUGCUUGAAGUCAAAUUUUUCUGCAUCAAAUAUUCAUAGAGUGAUGUUAAGCAUAAUUGUCUCACUUCAAUGUUCUGUGCAUUUGUAACGAUAAUUUCAUAACUGUUGUGUGAAUUUGCUGGCUCGAGUGACUAGAAAAUCUUAUUGGAAUUACAAAUGAUAUGGAAUGUAUUUUUUCUAAUUCAGGUGGGUGAAAAUUCUGGCUUUGGCUGGCGGGGGUAUGCCACAAUCACUUGCAUAGUGCUGAUUAUGAUCCUGUGUAUAAUACCCAUCUUCACAUUCAGGAACAAUUUGAAAAUUUCAUUGUUCCUCAUAGGAAUAAUAAUUGUACUAUUCUCUGCGAAUAUCUGCUUUGUCUGUUGCAAAGAGCUUGGAUCAGAAUGUUUUAUUUUAUUGGGCUUCAUUGUUCUAGAAGACGUGCUGACAAUAAUCUUCUGCAUCUUGACAAGAAGAUUCAAACCAGCAGUGAGCAUAGUUCUGCUGUACUUAUCGAUGGCUUUUAUGACUACUGGAUGGGUUUUGCUUGCCCUAGGGCGGAAGCAAGUGAGCUGGAUGAAAUGUUAAAUGUCAAUGCUCAUUUCAACAUUUAUUUUUUUUAUCACUAGAAUUAUUUUUAACAUUAUCAUUAAUCGAAUAUAAUUUCUGUCCUUUAAUUAUCUCAGUAUACCUGAUGUCAAACAUAAAUUUGGUUGGUACUUGUACAUAAAUCCAAUUAUCUGGGUUAAUUCACCCAUCUGCAAAACAUUCUCGCGAUUCUUUGCGAAACUGUAAUAAUGCGAAAACACUGUAUUAGAUAAUAGUGAGACAUGUGAUCUGAAAUUCUGAUAAAAUGAGUCAUUGCUGUAAUCCGUAAUUCAUUUCACUGCUUCGAUGAAUUUGUAAGAAAACUCUCUCUUUAAACAUUCACACCUUUUAACAUUCUCGAAUUUGACGGCAUUUAAUUUUACUGCUCAAUAACUACGAAUUGAAUUAUGUAUUUCUUGAGCAUUGAAAACUGAUGAACAUUAUGAAUAUAAUUUAAUUCAUCAUAUUUCAGGGAAUUUUAAUUUACCUGGUUGCUGGCUUUUGGAACACUUCUUUAGUUUUGGUAAGUUCACAAGUUUGCUUUGAAUUUUUGAAAGAAUUCUGCGCUGGCUUUAUUUUCUUUUCGAGGUGCGAAUUCUUUUCAAACAUUAGAGCUUACGGAAGUGAGUUAAAGUAUAUGAUGACAUGUCCACAUAAUUUGGUCGCUAUCCAUAUUUCAUUUAAUUUUCACUGAUGAUUUCAUUCACAAACGUGAAUCACAAAUUGUUAUCCACUCAAAAAAUCAACAAACGGACAUGAUGUCGUAAGUUUUAUUUUGUUUCUUGCAGGCCGCUCUGGAUUUCGCCAGUUCUCUGAAAUAAAUUUGAUUUCAUUUGAUUCUCUCGCAUCUUCCUGAAAAUUAUCGUCGUAAUUCACAUUUUGUUUAAACACGUAGUUUGCAUUCUGAAUCAGCGAGGGACAGAUUAUAUUUCUAGCUUUUGAACAAAUAAAUGUUUUUAUUAUGGCUUUUUCCCUUUGAUUUCUGUACAGUGAUUCCUACGGAAAGUAAUGAUUAGUGAUUUUCUUGGGUUCUUGGUUUUUGUCAUUGACAGAAUUUCAAUACUUGCUUACGUUUCUCAGUAGUACAAGUCGAUAUGUUCAAUUGAAGAAACCGUUGAAUCAGUAUGUAUUUGAAGCAG